AUGGAGGAGGGGCGGAAGGCCUCGGAGGAGGCCCGCGCGGAGGUCGCGCGGGAACGGAAGACUCUGGUGGACGCCCGCACGGAGGUCACGCGGGAGAGGGAAGACGCCGCCCGCCUGGCCGAGGCGUCGCGACAACAGGCUACCGAGGCCCUCGCCAGGGAGAGGCAGGCGCAGGAGCGGGAGGAGGCGGCCGUGAACCGCGAGAGGGCAACAGAGGCCCUCCAGGCUAACCUAGCCCGUCAGAAGGACGAGGUCGACCGGACCCACGCCGAGCUCGAAUACUGGGCAGAGGAGCUCCAGCACGUCGAAGGGGAGCUCCAAAGCCGGGAGGAGGAUGUCGCAAUCCGGGAGACCGACGCCGAGAUAACGGUGGCGGACUUGGGAGCCCGGGAGGAUCUGCUGGCCUGCCGAGAGACGGAGGCUGCCGAGGGUAUGUCACCAGACUUGAAAUAUGUCACCAGAGAUGUUCAUAAUGCAUACGGGUAUUUAAAAGAUGCUUCUUGUUUGACAGUUGAAGAGUCGAGAGAUAUGGGCCCAUUGUAUAUACCAUUGUCUUCUUUCCUGGUCAAGGUCCGUGAGGUCGUUUUCCGGUCACAAACAUAUGCUAAUUAA